ACACAAUCGUUGUGGUGGAAUUUCUCAAGGAUUCGUUGAUGGUUUUCUGCUAUAUCUAUAAGCGAAAGGUCCCAUACACACACCAGACAUGAAGUGUUUGUUGAUCUUUGCUGUGUGCUGUUUGGCACUAGCUAAAAGCCAACAGUUCUGGUUCCCCAUCAUCCAGUAUUAUCCCAUUGAUGGUAACUUUGAUUAUCCUUCAAUUGUACCAAUACAACCAAUACUGCCAAUACAACCAAUAGUUCCGAGCACUCCGAGAUAUGCCGAUAACGGCGAGUAUCCAUACCAGGUCGCCAUUCAGGUAGACGGAAAAGCCCAUUGUGGCGGUACUUUGAUCAGCAAGAAGCACGUGCUCACAGCUGCUCACUGCACCCACGAUUGGAUUCAGCAAGGAAAGGAUAAAAGAACGAUCAAGGUUAUCGCCGGCACCAGCGUUCUCGAUGGCAGCGGUACUGUUUUGAGAGUCGCUAAUGUCAGCCAGCACCAGCACUUCGGCCAACAAAGUGAAUCCUCUGCAAUAUUGAUAAACGAUAUCGCUAUCAUCACGUUAACGCAAGAGAUUAAGGAAUCGAGUACAGUGAAAAUCAUCAAGCUGCCUCCAGAUAACUUUGAAAUAGGUGAUAACACUCAAGUGAUGGUCUCAGGCUUUGGUACUACGGAGCUGGGCGGUCCACCUUCUAGAAAACUAAAAAGUCUCUACAUGUCCGUGACCAAUCCUAGCAUCUGUGCGACCAACUGGCAGAACCGAGGGUCUGUAACAGUUGCCCACAUUUGUGCUAAACCUAUUGAAGAAUUUGGCGCCUGUGAAGGUGACAGUGGCGGUCCUUUGGUUCUGGCUGACAAGUCAACCAUCGUUGGUAUCGUGUCGCAAGGUAUCGGCUUGGGUUGCAAGUCUGGUUGGCCAGAUCUUUACACCAGGGUGUCAUACUACUUGGACUGGAUCAAUUCCCAAAUAGCAUUGACUAGUUAGAUGAACGAUCGUGUGUCCUUACAAGCAAAAAGAAAAUAUUACGCGAUUUCUCGAUGUAUUUUGAUUAAAUAAGCAGAAUAAAUAAUGAUUAUUAUGAA